AUGUUGUACCGCUUUGUCGGCGAGGUGGUGGUCAGCCUGAAGAAGCAGCUGGACAUGUACGUUCAUUCCACGAAGAGGCAGGAGGACACGGUGAGGCGGAGUCUGCAGGACAUGGAGAGCAGGCUGCAGAGCAUCGAGCACACAGAGUCUCGUCUGAGGACCGAGCUGCAGGCGGGAUUCGUCGCGUUUGCCAAACUUCUGAAAGCGAAAAUGAUGUCGCUCCUUAAAGACAUACAGAAAGUGUAUGAGCUGGAAUGUGAGCAGAUUCAUGGGAGGAUGGUGAAGAUGAAGCAGCUCCAGCAGAGCCAAACGUCCAUGAAGGAAACGCUCGAAAAGGCCCGAAAUCUCACCGACCUGCCAAAGCUGCUCUCACACACCGCAAAGAUUAAAACCCAGAUGAAGGAGCUUCUAGAUCAGGACUCAGACCCCCCUCUGAAAAUGCCUGAAGUGAAGCUCAUUACCAAGCUGGGUUACGAGGAAACCCUCUCUGAGCUUUGUAACCUUCAUGUUUCGUGGAUCCCUUUCGCUGUGCCACCAACCUUGGAUAAAAACACAGGAGCUCCGGCGACUCCUGCUGCCCCUCCUCCCACCUCCACCUGCAACCCCAUCUCCAGCACCGUGAUGGACAGCGCCUCUGCUUCUCAUUCGCUUAAUCUGCCGUUUACAUCCUCCUCUGCCCCCCAACAUGGACAAGACUCCACUUCUUUCACGUCUCCCUCCACCUGUCUCCACCCCGGCCCCCAAACGGAGACGGCCGGUUCCAGUGCUACACCUGUUCCUAAUGACUGUGCUGCUACACCUUCUCCAUCCUCACAGUCAAGUUCAUCUUCGUUUUGCAAAUUUUCGCCCAACCUAACCCUUUAUAACCUCCUCACUCACCAUCAGGUCGGCGCUCAGGAUUCGGUCAAUCCUCGGUCUCCGCCCUCGAGUUCCCCAUCGGGUCAGUUCAGUCACGCUCUCCCUCCAACCACCACCUCUCCUGCAACCUCCAACAGGCCCCUCCCCCCAUCCUGUAAUGCCCCAGGCGCUCCAACCAGCCGUGCCUCUCCUUCGUGCACGCCCUUAUCCAGCUCCUCCACUUCCAUUACUCCUCCUGCUCACACCUCCACCUUUCCAUUGCCCACUGACACCACCCCUCAAACUGGCAAAGCUAUGAACUGUAACCCCCCAGCUACCACCAGUGUUCUCCCUCCACCAUCAACGCCUGUGUCCGCUCAGUCGAGCGUUCCUCUGUCCUCCACGACCGCCAUGUUUCCCUCCUCCAUCACUCCAUCCAUCUCCACCCGUCCCAGUCUGUCAGCACUUGUGUCCAGUCAGCCCACUAUUCCUCCAUCCUCCACAACCUCCAUGUUUCCCCACUCCUCCUCCGAAAGCACCAUCACAGAAGUGAGUCCAGAGACUUCUGCGGGAAGCUGUGACGGACCGAGCGACACGUUACCGUCAGAGCAGCAAACCGUGGAGGAUACGAGCCCGGCUUUGCCCAGCAGCUCCUCGCUUCAGGAACUUGACCACACACUUCAUCCCCCCUCCCCUCAGGAACAGACUCAGCAGGUUCCCGUGGAGGGCUUGGUGGUUGACUCUCGCCGUGAUAACGCUAUACGAGAUACUGAGGAGGUCCAGGAAACGAAAGAAACCGAGCACGCCACUUGUGUCUCUGACGAAGCAAAACCGAACGCCCUCGAGCCAAAAGACGACGCGCCAACUCUGGUAACUCCUGACAAGGACGUCGAAGAGCCGAGCGCCGUGAUUGGACAGGAGGACUUCAGCCUGAGUCGGUGGCAGCCCAAAGUGUCCGUGCUGAGACUGCCUGUGUCCCUACCGAGAUUUGGACGGUCCCUUCCCAGUUUUCGUCUGUUACCUGGAGAGACCGAAGAUGAGAUUUACCUGGAGGAAAUGAGCGACGACUGUCAGUCCGAUGCCGAAGACGUGCCGGCUGACGAAGAGGAUUUCAUGAAGCCGGAAUCGUCUCCAGACUCUCCGAUAACCCUGGAGAUUCUUGCCUGCUCGGUUUGUGCGUCACCCGGCACUUCGAUCAUCUGCUCAGCCUGCGGUCGAGGAUACCACAGAGACUGCCACGUCCCCCCAGUUGGACUCGACUUUUGGUCAGAGUGGGCGUGUUCAUUAUGUCAGAACCUGUCAGACCCGUCAGACCCCUACAGCACCGAGAGACGUCAGCAUACCGGCCUCAGUCUGCAGAGCCUCAGGAGGUGCGAGAGUCUCGUUCUGCAUGUGAAGGUCGAAGUCUGCAGUCGGUGCUCUCAGUUUGGCGGUUUGUCUCGGCUGAAGUCGAUAUCGGACCGCCUGACCCUCCGCCGGCCUCCUCCGUAUCAAACGGCCGCGGAGCUCGUCUCUGACAUGUGGACUCUGUUUAAAGACGCCUCUCAGGACGACGAGUUGCAGAAACUGCGGGAAAGUUUCCGGAUGAAGUUGGUGGAAACUCUGAGUUCGGAGCUCCAUCCUUCACUCCUCACCGCACCGAACUCAAACCCGCAAACUGCAGCUGGACACGCAAGCAGAUCGCAGCACGGCCGAGAAGACGAGAAAUUAAAGUUGGAAAAAGAAGAAGGGUUAAUACCCGAAUCCAAACUCGAGGACUUCAGGAAGAGACUGAGAGACUUUCUGGAUCUAAAGGGAAGCCCUGGUCCAAAGAGGAAAAAGAGAAACGAUGACUGAGGAGGUUUGAAAUGACCAAGAAAACUCUGCACAGCUGCUUUUUUCUUUUUUAACCCAUGAAUGUACGAAUGACCUCAGCAAUAGUUCUUAUAUGACCGUCGCAGCUUCCUGUAGCAAGCGGUCGUCUUCAGAUGUCAUAAGUUUGUGUGAAAAGCCCAGCGAGACUGAACGUAGCGCGAUGGAAACGACGCGACUAACCGUGUGUGUGACCGGAAACGCGCUCAUCUGCUCCGCCUUCAUCGGUUUGUUUGCUCGCUGCUUUUAAAAACCAAAAUCAGAGUUUCAGUGGCUCAAAGAAAAUAACAACCUGUCCUGAUGCAGAUUUGAUUGGUGGAAGCUCGGCUCUGUGCGCUCGGUGCUGGAGCUCCUGCAGGUGUGCUGCACUCUGAUUUACAGGAAGUAUCUGAGCUUACAGCAGGCAGAUGUGACCGCGGCAGCUGUAGACAGUUAAGGCACGAGUAACUUUAAAAAGCAUUUUUCAGAAACACCACGUGCCUUAAUUUCAAACCGCCCACAGAAGCCUGGAAGCCGCUGAUGAGGAAGUCAGUGUCUGAGUGGUCGCCGCAUGUAAUCCCACAGGAGUAUUAACCCGUCGUCUCACUGACAGCGUGAAAAACCGCUAAAGGUUUCCUCUGCUGUGGACGGGACGCGUCCUCGCCAGCGCUUCUGUAUUUCUGCACUCAGUUCGCUGCAUCUGCGAGUCGUAAUCGAUGAUUUUGGUCUGAACUUUAAACAUUAUUUCUGGUAUGAAAAAGUUCAUUUUUCCGGGACUGGUCGCAUCUUAGAGGCAAUAAUUUUUCAGUAUUUCACAUUUUUCUUCAAAAAGGGAUGAAAUGACGGCGGCAUCGAUCGGUCGAGUGUCUGUGCUGUGACUUUAUAAACAUUAAACUGGUGAUUUCCUGUGAGACUUUGUGCCGGGCUCGAUUUUACCGCCUUAUGUAAAGUACGUGUGACACGUUCAUUCAGGCAUGAAGCUGUUACUUUUUUCUCGCGGUUGUAACUACAGCGGAGUCCUCGGUGGCAGCAUUGUUACCUUUAACCUUUACUACCGUCAGAUUUCAUCUCUUUGGCAGCUGAUCAGCCACAACGUGUUUUUGGUAUUUCCCCUGAAAGCUGAGGCGCCACGUCUGCAGCGAGUAGCGUGACAUGUUUACAGGUUAGUCCGAGUUUUCUCGUUUGAUAUUUCAUGUUUUACACGUACGUUGUGUUUUCUCUUACGAUUUACUUUGUUUAACAUAUAUAUAAAAUAUAACAUUAAAAUAAACGUUCUCUCCCAUAACUGA